GAAAAAACUAGGUUCCAACUAGUCUUUUCUAAGUUUUUAAAGAAAAAAGCUAAACUUACGGCUAAAAUACAAGUUUUAGAUGUAAAUACAACUUGUAAAUUAUCGUUUAGUGUAAAUACCAUCAACCUUUAAUUUAAUUUAAUGUAACAGUAAUGUACAUCGAGUAUUAGUUACAGUUAAUGAUACAAGACACCUAACGAAAAAUAAAAUGAUGGACGGAAAUGAUUUAGUUACUGAAACUUCAAGAAGAGGUAUUAUUUCACAAGGUUGGACACGGAUUUCUCAGGUUUACCAAGGCACCUUAGAUAAAUGGACACCUCACACCAAAUUUCGAUGGGUUGGAAGUUUUGUACUGCUACUAUUGUUUAUGCUUAGAAUAUUCACAAAACAAGGGUGGUAUAUUGUCACUUACGCUCUGGGUAUUUAUCAUUUGAACUUGUUUAUUGCAUUCCUAACUCCGAAGAUUGAUCCUGCUAUGGACUUUGAUGGUGAUGAUGACAACGGUCCUGCAUUGCCAACCAGAGCUACUGAGGAAUUUAGACCAUUUAUUCGAAGAUUGCCAGAAUUUAAAUUUUGGCUCUCUGUUACCAAAAGCACAUUGGUAGCUUUUUGCUGUACAUUUAUUGAUGCUUUCAAUAUUCCAGUAUUUUGGCCAAUUUUAGUCAUGUAUUUUAUAACACUAUUCUGUAUUACCAUGAAGAGACAAAUCAAGCAUAUGAUCAAGUACCGGUAUUUACCAUUUACUCACAGCAAACCAAAGUACAAAACUGUUGAUUCCUCUGUGACUGUGAACUGACGACAUGAGAACCUUGAAGAGUCUUAGUUUAAUUAACUUAAAAACUGUUGUAUGCAAAUAUUUCUAGAAAUACAGUUUUUAUUGUAUGUUUCCUCAUGUUUAAGUUAUUUUUAUGAUAAUAUAUUAUGUUAAGUAAAUGAUUUAACUCAUGCAAACACGUUUUUUCAAAGUUGUUGCGGUACAGUAAAAAAGAAUGAUAAUAUAUUGUUAAAUGUCA